GGGAGGGGGCGGGCGCGCAGCAGGGUCUCAGCGGCUGAGGCGCCGGCCUCCCUGAGGCCCGGAGCAAGGCUGCCCCAGCGCCGCACCAUGGACUCGCGACCCGAGGAGUAUGAGCUCAAUGGCGACGUGCGCCCGGGCUCGCCUGGCUCCCCGGACGCCUCGGCACCCCGCUGGGGCAGGAACCGGCCCAUCAACAUGAACCAUUCUGCCAAUAAGAAGAGUGCGGCAGAGAGCAUGCUGGACAUCGCACUGCUGUUGGCCAACGCCUCCCAGCUGAAGGCUGUCAUCGAGCAGGGCCCUGGCUUCGCCUUCUUCAUCCCCCUGGUGGUCCUCAUCUCCAUCUCCCUCAUGCUGCAGAUUGGUGUGGGCGUGCUGCUCAUCUUCCUUGGUGCGUGCCUGGGCAGGGGGCCCCAGCAGUGGGAGGGCCCUGGGGUACCCCUGCCCCACGGUCAGCUGAUUCUGCCUGCACGCACCCUGGGAUGCGUCACUUACCCCACUGAGUGUUUUCCAGGCCCUCACAGAGCUGCAAAGAGGCCCCGGCCCUUCUCACUAGGCACGUGGUCCAAAAUGUAACUCCCAUCGUGGCCCCCAGAGGGACCCCCAUGUCUCCAUCUUUCCACUCACCCAAGCUGAGGACACAGGAAAAUGUCAUAACCACUCUCUGCUCUUCUGAGUGUCUGAAUGUCCCAUAAAGAAGGUUUUUAAAGGUGAUCCACACAUGGGAUGAGGUCCAUGAAGAAGCAAGACCAGCAGGUAGGCAGUGGGUGGACACAUGUUCCCAGAGGAUCCAAUGAACCUGGGGCCACCCCAGCCAGAGGGGUCAGAUGCAGAGCUGUGCAGGUGGCUGGGCCCUGGGAGCAAGUGGUACAGAGGACCACCCCUCCUGCCGCUCACUAUGAGCACAUCUUACCUUGGCUGUCUUGUUAUUGCCAGGAAGCAGCAGAGGUCAGGCUCCCGGCUGUGAACCUCCCCUACCACCUGGCCCUCAUGGUGGGUCCAGAAUGGUGUCCGGGCCCAUGCCCCCAGGUCCAGCCCUGCCCAGGGCCCAGCACAAGUGGAUGCUGCCCAGCCCUACAUGCCUGGUGUAGCCUGAAGCAGUCUGUGGCCUGUGGUGUGGGCUGGCUGGCAGCCAUACCAGACGGAUGCCAGCCUGUGUGGACCAUGGACGUGGCCAACAGAUGGCCUAGUUCCUCCUUUGGCCAGGACAGGAAGCUGGCCCAGAUGUGGCCAGAGGUUAAGCCCCAGAUGGCUAGACUGGGUCCCUGGUCACCAAGCCAGGCUGGCCUCCACGGGUGCUAGGGGCAUUGGGGACAGGGCAUGACAGAGGGUGGGUCUGUGCAUCCCAGCCCCCUACAGCCCCUGCCCCAGCUGCUCCCACAACAGGUACACAUGACAGCCCCCCACCUGCCCACCCACCAGCACCCAGGCUCAUGUCUCUACAGUUCCGGCCCCCUGACCCUCACUCCAGAUGUAUUCCUGUCUCAGGUCCAUGGCAUGUGCUGCUGCCCUCUAGGGUCAGGGCUGUGCCCUGAGGUCUUCCCCACUGGCCCUCCUGACCACCACUGCUGGUCACUGUCAUGGUGGGCCAUUUGGGUUUACUCUGCCUUUGGUGCCAUUGGCUAGCGUCACUGCCCACAGUGUCCCCCUGGGGCCCAUAUCUGAGCCCUGACUACCCUUGCACCGUCUGGCCCAAGACCAGGGCUGCUCCCUGAGAAGGAGGGUCCUGCCCACCAACUCCCUGAAGGCUGAGGGAGCUCUGCCUGAGCUGGGGGAGGAGGUGGACCCCUACUCAUACUUGCACUUCUAUUUGGCCUGACCUGGCUCUCCCACCGGUUGCAACCACCCACAGCCUAUGUCCCCAGCACUGUGUCUGACAUACAGUAGGUACUUAGUAAAUAUCUGCAAUAGAUUCACUCCUCCUCGAGUUCCGAGCCUUGUGCAUGUGUCACAGUGGCCAAGGGAUGGACAGAAAACCGAGGCCCAGAGAGCGAGUCAGGGCCAAGCCAGACCCAGGGGGUGUGACAACCCUCAGGGAGUCCUCCUAGACCCUAGCACAUCCACUGCUUGUUAACUACCCCCUCUGCCCUACCAUGCAGCUGCCCCACCCGGGGACACUUCUCUGCCCUCCCUGGGGAUGGCAGAGACCCUUAAGGAGUAAGAAAGAAGGAAACAUAUGUGCCAAGUUGGAGGACUCCACAGAGGGACACACAGGGAAGUCGAGAGCUGGGGAGCUCUCAAGACCGAUGCUCUAGGACCCAGGACCGGGAGGGAGCCCCAGGAAAAGACAGGCUGUGGUGCACGAGCCCUGAGGCCACGUGAGCUGGGGCUGGCUUUGAAGGAGUGUGGGGUGGUCAGUGCAGCGGAGGGGGCAGUCAUGCAGAGCUUGUUGAGCAAGCUCUGGGGGGACUGUGUGCUUAACCUUCUUACUGUAAAAGAUAGAGAGAUGAUGGCUGAUGGAUGGAUGACGAAAAGAUGAUAGAUUGAUGGACAGAUGGAUAGAUGAUAGAUAGAUAGAUGAUAGAUGAUAGAUAGAUAGAUAUAGAUAGAUAGAUGAUAGAUAGAUGAUAGAUAGGGGUAGGGAUAGAUGAGUCAUCCCCAGGUCACCCCUGGCAGAGUCACCAGAUGAGGAAGUAGCUCUGUGGCAGUGGAAGCCCAAACAGGACCCCUCUGUCCCUCCAGGAACCCUUGUUCUUGUCUCCUCAUUUCUCAUGUCCCCUGCAUGUGUCUGAGGACACCACAGUUUAUUCCCACCUGGCUCAAACCCUGGGAGUAUUCUAGGUCCGUUUCACUCUACACGUUCUCCUUCCCUGACUCUCCAUCCCCACUGUCCACCCUUCAAGGCCAUGGCCCACUUGACCUGGGUGGGGGGAGGACAGGGUGAGUCAGGGGGCUCUGAGGAAGGUAGGCCAGGAUGGGAUGGGGGCCAGUGGACCAAGAAGGUGGACUUUUGCUGCAGGAUUGGGUCAUUCCUCCUUCCCACACCUGCCACACACACCUACCCAUUUCCCUCCCCUCUUAGGUGCCUUCUCUCCCACCUGCCUUUAAUUGAACUUAAUUCCUCUUUUCUCACCACAUUAUUUAUAAAAAUCAAGGAGCUGAA